AUGAGAGUCAGCAUAUUGCUAUUAGCGAUUUUAAUGGUGGGAACAUUAGCCUAGGAUAAUGAGGUUGUUAUCUAAUUACUGGGCGAAUUAAGACAAGAGGCAGUUGAGCAAUUACAACUUUUGAAUGCUAGAUUCUAACCAAUCAAGUAAGCCAAAUUAGAUUAAAUUGCAGUGAUUUAAUAAGCAAUUUCAGAUCAGAAUGGAGAGUGCUACAACAGAUAGCAAGAUGUUGAAGCUAAGCAAACCGAAAUUGAUUUGGCUAAUGAGUAUAAGAAUUGGAUGAAAGCAAGAUAAGAAAGCAAUAACAAUCGUAUUGGAGUUCUGUCCACAAAUGUGUGUGAGAAGAAUAACAAUUCUUUGAAUAAAGUGAAGAAUGGAAGAGUGUUAUUGAGAUUGAUCGCUUACUUAAGAGCUACAUUGUAGGCUUAAUUGUCAACUUCAUUUGCAGAAGUCAAAGAGAACACCAUCUCCGAGAUAUCUCACAUUGUCACUGCUUAUAAGGAAUAUAGAAAGAUGAAUAUGUUAUAGACAAAACAAGAGGAAUUAGAAUUGAAUGGCACAAUUGAAUAAUUGAUCGAAAUGUUAAACCAGAUGGAGAGGGAAAUCUAGGACGAUAUUGCUAAUGGAUAAAAUGGUUAAGUGCAAAUCGGAGUCACCUUCUCAGAAUUCAAGGUCAGAAUCGAAAAAGAGAAUGACAUCUUCAAUAGAUAAAUUGAAGUCCAAGAUGAUUUAAUUACACAUUUCCAAAAUCAAUUGACAACCUUAUAUGGAAGAGUCGACAAAUGUUAAUCUAGAUUGAAAGAAAUAGAAUAUACCUUAUUGGUUGCCUAGGAAGAUUUGAAAUAUGACUAAGAAUGGAAUGAUGAGGACAGAUUAAGAUUGGAAGAAGAAAUUGAAUUAUUCGACUGGUUAAUUAAACACUAUUAAGCUGGUAAUUUGGAUGAAGCUGAUGAAAGUGAACGUAGAAGUAUUGCUAACGAUAAUGGAUCAACUGACGGAUCUGCAAAUGGGGAAUCAGGUUUAAAUGGAGAUGGCAGAGAUGGAGUUAUUGAUUACACACCAUUGAAAGAAGCUUCAAAUGCCUGGGGAUCUGAAGAAGAAGGUGAUAAUCAUGAAAAUGAAAAUGAUCAUCAUGAAGGAAAUGAUGCUGAAAAAGAGGAUAGAGGAGAUGUAAUUGAUUACACACCUUAUGAAGAAAAAGAUGUUGAUUGGGAUUCCUUAUUGUAGAAAAAAUAAAAUAAGAAUCAUCAUUAAUCAAAGAAACAUCGUACUCAUAAGUCCAAAAAAUGAUUUAUUAAUCAAAUCAUAGCUUAUUUCAUAUAAAAUGUUGAUCCC